AAAUUUUAAGUUUGUUUACGAGUCGGUUUAAAUUCACGCGUGUGUUUUUUAAUUUUGUUUGAUAAUAAUAAUAAUAAAAAUUAAAUACGGUUUUUUUUAAAAAAAAAAAAAGUUUUUUUUACGUACUUGGAGUGAAGAGUGCCAUGCGACAGAUUCAAGAGUGUUUGGUGUUUACUUGUGGAAAAAAAAAGUGUGUGUGAGUUUUAGUGCUCGCAAUAUAACAGCAACUGAGUUUUUAUCCCUAAGACGGUUGGAUUUAAUUAUUUUGGAGGCAUUCUGAGGAUCCACUAGAUAUAUAUUAAGAUCCUCAAGUGUAAUUGGAAAUAGUGGGCAGGUAUCCGAAGUUCGACAGUUUUCUACGACAUCCGGUGAACACAUAGUCUGCUUUAUACAUAACGAUUGAGGAAAUGAAUCGUUACACACAAAGGAAGAAGGCGUAAUUCGGCAAAGUUUCAGAUUUACAAGACAUGUGUCCGAAAUCGAUCAAUGUAGAACAUUUGUACCAGAAUUGAAGCAGUUGUUAACCUGUGAACCAGUACCAGCGUCUCACUCGGAAGAUUAAUAUCAAGAGCGGUGCUCGAAAAAGUGUAAUCAUUUACAUCGAAGGGAAUCUGACAACAGCUUUAUUAAAAGUCCUCAGCUUAAUCUGUUGUGUGCUCAUCGCUGUUGAAACAUUGAAUUUAAUCUACUCGAGCAAUGGAACGGAUUUCACAAUUGGAAGCUUUAAUUAAAAAGUAUUUAUCGAGAAUCAGAAUUUCUGGAUGAUAAAAUAUUACCCAGCGUAAACUGAAGAUUGUUGAUUGAUACCAAAAGAACAAGUUGCUCAAAACAAACUCGAGAAAUGCUAUCAAAUGAACUAAUAAGGAAGUUUGCUCGAAAAGACCUUUGCGAAUAUUAAGUUUGUUUGUAUUCAAUCUUAAAUUCCACUCAAGCACACUCAAGAAGUCAUAGAAGCUGAAAGAGAUAUAAGUGAUUACUAAAUUUCUCUUCAACUUUCCAAAUAAAACCCAAGUUUUUAAAUAUUUUUAAAUCAACAUCCGAACAAUAAUACUAUUAUUAUAAUUAUCAGCGAUCAAUCGUUGCACAAAAAGCUAACUUUUUGUUUGCAAUAAACUGUGCUGGCGCAUUGUUGGGUAAAAAAGAGCAACUGAAAGCAGAGGAUGUAAAGUGUAGUCCGCAGAAGAAACAAGUAUAAAGUUUAAAGCCAAAGCGUUACUGUUUUGGCAAGUAACUUUCUUAGCGUUGUAAAGACAAUUUUACUGCAAUAUUUCCAAGCUGAAUUUAUCAAUUGACGCAAAAAAAAUAAUAAUCUCCCAUUAAGUGUCCUUAAUUUAGUCAGUCUCAAUUAUAGAUAAAUAAAUAAAAUUGUAAUGAAAAAUUUCCAAGGGUAGAAAACUAAAAUGAAGCCGUCAAGGAGAAUGAUUACGCAAUUGUCGGUAUUGUUCCUCCUAAGCACAAAGCUUACAUUCGUAUCAAGCGAGGGUGGCUUCAACAGUCAUGUAUAUAACUUAGACCUAUCCCCGCUGGACAAGAACAUCGCGGCAAUCUUCAACAAAGGUACAAAUAACUUGAUAACAACACAACGAAGCUUACCAGCAUAUGACGGGCAGGUAUCCGACAGCUCCCGACUAUCAACAGCCCCAUCUCCACUGACGACCACAGGGAAUCCUUUAUUAUCGUCAUUUAGAUACCCAGUGCCCCGAGUAACCAUCGCCCCCGCUUUCCGCGAAUUACCAUCUUACGCGCCGCCCUCUCGAGCGCCUUUCACCCCACCUUUACCUCCGGAGUACCUAAACCCGUUCGCAGAUAAGCCAACUCUUCGGGGAACAAACUCAGAGUCUCACUCAGGCGUGAGAAGGCCAAUUCCUCCGCCAAGUUUGACUCCAGCGCACGAGCGAAUCCCCAUAAGGCCGCCCGACUUGGUCCAAAGUUCCGUCCAGCCCGAGAAGCUACCCUCCAGAAACAAAGCCUUAAACACCCCAAGCAAGGAGCAGAAAAUUCAAGACCCUCCUCACGAAGUCGACCGUAAAAACACCAGCAAUGAUUACCUCCCGGUUCUCCACACCUCUAGCAUCUCCCGAAUUCUCUCCGGAAGCAACGGCAGAAAACAGGAGAACAUCCCGGACAUUUUGCUCCGUUCAAUGUCUACAAAAUCUCCAGAAAUAAACCUCCCCGCCGCGCCAACGACUCAAAGAUCCACAACUUCUUCAACGACCAUAAAAACCACCACCGGGUCAAUUAGAGCCGUAAGUUACCCGACAAUCUUCAACCUACCCAACACCCGCCAGCAGGAAGACAAAACCUCCGACCAGGAUUCAAAACCAGAUCAAAUAGAGAUCUCAGGCGUCGAAAGACUUCCGUUCCCCCAACCACAGCCUCCAGCUCCAUCAAAAGUCCCCAUAGAAGACCACAACGUCCCCCAAGUGGACACACAUCCUCUAGAAUCAACUUGGAAGAUAGUCUGGUCGCUUCAUGUAUACGUAGCCGCUAUAAUGUUCACCCUAAUGGCUCUGUACUCAAUCUACAAGAUCUUCCGCUUCAACGAAGCUACAAAUCUACUCACUCAAUCCUAUUUCUUGACCGUUCACUUGCUUCUAACAACAGUCUGCACUUUAAGGUGCUUCCACCUGUUCUACGACGCGUACAACCUGGACAGAUCCUUUUCAGAGCCGCUGUCGCAAGUGCUAAUGUACCUUCCAGCUCCGCUUCUAUCAACAGGAUUCGGAACUCUGGUAGUUUAUUUAGCUAAAUGUUCAGAAGCGCCGUCGCUGAACAACAAAUUUUUAUCACCAAUGGCUCUAGCGCUCUUUUCAACAGUCCACAUUGUUUUGUGCAUUUCUCUUCAAGUUUCAUCACACGUGGUGGGUUAUGAAGGCGGGAUGAAGAUUUUCCCGCUGAUUUGUCAGUGUAUUUACAUUGUUGUCUGUGUAACUUUGGGAUUGUGCUACAUGUACGUCUACCGGGUGGUUAAAUCGCAGAUUAAUUUGACGAAUAACAAAUCCGUCGGGCCGCAUGUUUCUGGAGAUCCAGCGAUUGUGGUGUUGGGUACUGCGAUAACAACGACAAUUGCAACUGCGUUGUUGUUUAUUUUGAUGGGAUUUGUUCAACUUUAUGGAAUUUUUGGCGUUAGAGAACGCGAGCCGCCUUUUCCGUGGCUGUGGUGGGGUUGGGAGUUUUCAGUGCGGCUUCUUGAAUUGUCUAUUUGCGGAUUGCUCGCCUGGGUUGCGAGUUUAUCCCAGUAUCCUUUAAGAGAGAAGCAAUUGCAGCAGCACUCUGCGCAUUCUGGAUUUGCGCUUUUUCCUUGCGGAAGUUCGACUUCUACGGAGAACAUGGACGACGCGCUUUAUCCAGCAAUCUGCAGCACCAACCAAGCGAUCCAGAACUACACGAUGAGAACUGGAAAACAGGUAUACGAUGAUAGUUUCCCUCUGAAUACUCUCCCUGAGCACUUGAAUAUUUCCGGCACAUUUGAGAGACAUUCUAUAAGGAAGUCCGGCACUAUGGGCCACUUUCCGCACGAGAGAAGCUCUCUGAACCGGCAUGGAAAUGGAACUCAGACUUUGAGGAGUUCAGAGACUAGGAGGCACACUCCUGUUCAGGGACAGACCCUAGGUCAGGGAUCCUUGGCUGAUCAGCCGCCCGCUUCGGGGUCCACUAUGCUCGUCGCGGAAGACGGGUUUGUUAGGUUUCGCAGUCUCGGGGCGGAGGAAGAGGACCUCUCGGACUCGCAGAGUAUUGUUGGGACUCAUGGGCGCGGGGGGAGCUCUCUUGCUGGAAGUGUCAGGUAUAGUGCCAGGCAUACUCCAGCGCACCAGCAUUCACAUCAGCACCCGCACCAAUAUCCUCACCAACACUCGUUACAGCACACGCAUUCCAAUCAAGCCCAUCACCCGGUACACCACCAGAGCCAUCAUCAGCUCUACAAUAAUACGUAGAAACUGUGUCGAGUGGCUCGCGUCGAAUGGCGUUCUCCAAAGCCGCUCGUUAACAAAUUGUUUCCUGCAACAACGAGGCACGUCAUUGUAAGAGCCGACGAUACAUCAGUGAGGACUUGUCCAUUAUCAAGCCGAAGUUCGGCACUUAGGGAAAUAAUUUAAUAACUGUAAGAUAUGCCCCAUGUAUAAACACCAGCCUUAGAUAUUUAACUCAUUCCCUGCAAUGUCCCUGCGCCAAAAAAAAAACAAAUUUAAAAAUUUGUAGACUUUGUCAAGGUAAGCAAGAGAAUUGACAAAGAUGACCGUAUAGCGCAACUUUGCCUAGACUUUAUUAUUAUUAUUAUUACAUAAAUAAAUAUAUAAAAUUUAUAAGAGUGACGUAUAAAAGCUUCGAAUUUGAAUUACACUCUUGGCAUUCGGUACUUAAUUUAAAAAGAAUAAUUUUUGUGAUUGAUGUAUUAAAAUAAAACUUAUAGUACUCAUCGAUUAAUGUGUGACAAUGUUGAGAUAGCUUCAGUUGUAAGAUGUGCGUAAUUUAACAAAAAAUAAUAAUUAUUGUAACUCAUUACUUAUAAACGAAUUUUGAAACUCUCGCAAAAGAAGAAAUAAUACUAUCGGCUUCACCCCAGCCAAUAUUUUUAAAAAUAUUUACUCAUGCAUUGUAAUACAUACACAAUUUUUAAAUGCUUGAAAAUAAUAUUAACUAUUAUAAUAAAUAAUAAUAAUAAUAUUGAUAGUAAAUAAUACUAAUAAUAAAUAUUAAUAGUACCAAUAAUAAAUAAUAAAAGUCAUGGGAAUCACAGCGCAUCUUUCAUCUGAACCGUAUCUAUUUAUUUAUGAAUGUAUUUCACUUUCGAAGUUAUUGCUAUACGAAAUAUUAAAAAGAACAUUGUAAUAUUUAUUUUAUUUUUAAGCAAAAAAAAAUGUUUUAAGAUAAAGAAAAGUAUUUGAAAAUACUUAAAAAUAAUAUUUUAGGUAUCAGGUGUCUUGAUCUUCCGACAAAAUAUCCUCGACAAAAUAUCCCAAAAAAAAAAUAUCCUAAAAAAAAAUAUCCGAAAAAAAAUAUCCUUGACAAAAUAUCC